AUGGUCGAGUCCGAACAGUCACCGAAAUCAGCCUCAUAUGAAACGCUGGAGAAAGACCUGGAACUAUUAUCUGCCAAGUUGGAGGAGCUUUUGGACGAGAACCAAGCACUGGAUGAUACUCACUGCCUCCCUGUCACCGAGUUCACUGUCACCCCGAGGCGAGUGGCGGCGUUACAGGACCAGCUGUUACAGCAGGAGAGCGGCGUGGUGCGCGAGGUCGAGAGGGAGCGUCUGCUGCGCCUUCUUCAGUGCCACCACCUGAAGAACGCCUCUUGGGACAGCCUGGAAGUGAAGUCCAGGUCGCUCUUUUGUAUCAGCAGUGAGGUCAGCGUCAAGAAUUACCCAGUGGAGGUACCAAGGGCGGAGGCGUGGCGAAAGGUCUUGGCUGCGCACGAGGAGAAGAAGCGAGUGAGAUCCUUCAAGACCUCGAUUUCCCCGGACGAUUUCGCGGACGAGGACGAGUACCUCCUCCUCGAGCUGACCGAGGGCGAGUACAAGGAGCUCCUGUACCCCCAGCUCGACCUCACGUGCAGAGAGAAGGUCGAGAAACAGCUAGUUCUCAUUACGUUCAUGACGAGACGCCUCCAGGACGCCUUCAACGCCCGCUUCGACGCCGCCCACCAGAGGAAGGGGCGCGUGAUCGAGGAGGUCCAUCGACUCACGCGGAGGGAGAGGCAGCUGAAGCCGCUGGGAGAGUGGGACCUCCCUCGCAGCAGUCUGAGGCCUGCGUGUAGUCUAAGGUGGUUGGCUGGACUGAAGGGACCCUGGCAUCGGUGGCGGAGGCUGGGCUGGAAAAUCAGGGAUCGAGGGAGUGGUCUACGUGGCCGGGUAUCCUUGGUGCAUGGCAAUCAUCCCACCACUGCCACCAUAUGUCGGGAGGAUAGUAUAAGAUGCCAAGACGACGGGUUGAAAACUGACCAGAGAAGUUCAAGGCACAAGGGUAUGGCCUACGUGUGUCUGGGUCUCCGACGACAGCGCGAGCAGCGAGGCCCCGCCCACCGUCCGCCUUGGCUCCUCCCACUCCUCCUCCUCCGACGCUGCCCCUUCAACGCCCACGACCCAAUCCCCGGCCUCCGUCAGUUCAGACGUCACGUGGGCGGAGGCAAGGGCGGCCUUCCUCUCCGGUCCCCGCCCACCUGGAGGAAGGGCAAGGUGGCCCAGGAGAACAGAAGUCACAUGCAGCUCCAAAAGCCGCGGCAGGACUGGACGUGGGCGGAGGCUCGGGCGUGGCGGGAGUGGCGCACCGCCCAGGAGGAGGAGCAAAGGCGUCGCCGCGCGCAUGCCACCACCCUCACGCUGCAGCUCGAGAGGAUCAGGCCAACCAUCAAGAGCCUGAUGCAAGAGUUCGACAGCCAAGUGAAAGCGCUGGUGGACUCCCGCGUGGCGACCGACGAGGCUCUGCUCAUCUACGCCUUGGUGGCCGCCCGCCUGCAGUUGCGGCUGUUCCGGCAGGAGGAGCUGGAGGCCCGGCUGGCGAGUCUUCAGGAGCAGCGUUCGCAGGCAGAGGCCCGCGAGGAGCAGAUGGCGGAGGAGGAGGAGACGACGCGGCGGGAGGAGGCGCGGGCGAAGGCCAAGCAGGAGCGGCUGCAGGAUCAGCUGAAGGAGGAGGAGACCGCCCUUCGCAGGACCAUCAUUAACCUCCCCAUUGACCAGUACAACCACCUUCUCGCGCUUUAUAACAAGCGUACCUCGCCGAGCUCAAGGUACCUCGACCUCCCGAGCGCCAGGGGGGGGCAUCACGGAGGGGGGGACGCUUCCUCGAUAGCGCCCCCCCUCAGUCCUACCGGCGGGGGUCCCCUCAGCCCCUCGGGCGUCUCCCCUGCGCCGUCGGAGAGCGGAGCGAGUGGGCGCCGAGGGAGCACUCGCCCGUCGAGACCGGCCAGCGGCGCCUCUCACACCGACGAGCUCAGAUCCGGAGAGGACCAGAUGCCCGAGGGCCUGGCGGGGGGAGCGCGGACGUGGCGGCAGUUCCUCCGCUACCGCCGCCGCCGCCAGGACCUGCUCGAGGAAGCCGACGACGCCACCACCAAGAGGGCGACGGCCUCCGCCCACCUGCACACCCUGGACGCCCAGCGCAACGCCCUCAGGCAGGAGUUGGCUCAGCUGGAAGCCGCCGUCGCCGAGGGCAGCCAGGAACUCCGGCUGGUGGACGAGGACAUGGAGCUGGUCCUCCUCCUGCAAAGCGGCCAAGUCAAGAUGGAUCUCGACGGCCUGACGAAGUCGCUGCAGCCGGACUUCCAAGGCACGAGGCUCCUGCAGGGGCGUGAGCUCGCGCUGCUCAAUGCCUUGGCGGAGAAAUGCGGAGACAUACGCGACGAAGGCGAAGAAGAGGAAGACGACACGGCCGAGAAGGACGAAGAGCUGGAGACGCUCAGGACGCUCAAAGGCCAGCUGGAACUGCAGGCGGAGCUGGUCCAACAGGAGCUUCACCAGAUCAACACGUUCAAGGUGGGACGCGACGUGAUAUCCGCAGCAGCAGACGUAGUGGAAGGAGGAGAACAGCAAGACUCCACUCAGCUCUACGGAUCUCUGCAGCGCCUCCAGCAGGUGGGUUUCCAGGAUGAGACGUGA